UUUGAGAGAGGAGAUCAAGACACAGAGUUACAGAGUUGGCAAAGGCUCGGAAGCUGAAGCUGGAGAACUCGAAGCUCGUUAAGGUUUUUGCUGAUCUCUCACAGAACUACACGACUCUGAUCUCCAAACCUGCGUAUCGGACUCUGUUUGACUCCGAUGCGAGCUCGAUUGAUGAAUCAUUGCUUAGACAGUUCGAGAAGGAGGUGAAGGAACAGAUCAUGGAUUAUUCUAUUCCUCUGCUGUUUCCUUUUAUUACCACUCUACAUAUUCGCAACCCCGGUUCUGCAGCUCCUCGGACAGCCAGACGACGUGGUGGAGAUGGCGGGACUGGUGGCUGUGUGGCUGAUUCCGUUAUACUUCAGCUUCGCAUUCACGUUCCUAAUUCAGAGAUUCCUGCAGAGUCAACUGAGGACUGGGGUGCUGGCUUGGGUAUCAUUAGUGGUGCUGUUGAUUCACGUGGUGGUUAGUUGGCUAUUUGUAUAUGUGCUCGAUUUUGGGGUGGUCAGAGCCGCCGUGACGUUGGAUGUGUCAUGGUGGUUGCUGUUUGUGGGGAUGUUUGGGUAUACUGUGUGGGGUGGAUGUCCGGAUACUUGGAGUGGUUUCUCAAUGCAAGUGUUUGCUGGGCUUUGGGAGUUUGUUAAGCUCUCUGCUGCUUCUGGUGUCAUGCUUUGUUUGGAGAAUUGGUACUACAGAAUUCUGAUAUUGGUGACUGGGAAUCUAGAAAAUUCUACUAUUGCUGUAGAUGCUUUGUCUGUCUGCAUGAGCAUUAAUGGGUGGGAAAUGAUGAUUCCUCUAGCCUUCUUUGCUACCACAGGCUGCCCGAGAUGUGGUGAUUGCUUCUGCAACGUGUAGGAAAUGGUGAGAAACUUCGCGCAAGCACCUUCAAACACUUUCAUUCAGUUCUGAUGAUUAGCCUGUUUAUCGCGAUCUCAGUAGGAGUCGGCUUGAAAUCUUGAUUGCAUAGACUAUAUUUCAAACAACAGGAUUACAACGCUUAUAUAUAUUUAUGGAUGAUGUUGAUGAGUUUUCGACUUCCACAGUUAUUACUUGGCUCAUUUAUACUAGGGAAACUUUAUGCCAAUUGAUUUAUAAUGUCCGGACUGAUGAUGUUGAUGAGUUCUCGGUGUCGAGUUUGGAUGUUAGUCGUAGCUCCGGCUAGUGUUGUUCAAGAUUUCCAUUUUCAUUGCGGGUGAUGUUCGCAGUUUCGGAUUAACUUUUCUUCAUAUUUGAGGAAAAGAUGUGGUGAUUCUGUCUAACUGAAGGCGUGGAAGGGUGUGCAGAGAGCAUAA